AGCGGAAGCGGCGGCGGCGACGGGGCCGGGCGGAAGUGAGGGCGGAGGUGCGGAGAUGACGAUCCACAACCUGUACAUCUUUGACCGGGGGGGGACGUGUCUGCACUACAGCGAAUGGCACCGGAGGAGGGGGACGGGGAUCCCCCGGGAGGAGGAGUUCAAGCUCAUGUUCGGGAUGCUUUUCUCCCUCCGUUCCUUCGUGGCCAAGAUGAGCCCGACCGACAUGCGGGACGGCUUCGUGUCCUUCCUCACCAGCAAGUACCGGCUCCAUUACUACGAGACGCCCACGGGGCUGCGGCUGGUCCUCAAUACGGACCCGGGGGUCACGUCGGCCCGGGAGGCGUUACAGCACAUCUACAGCCAUCUGUUUGUGGAGCUGGUGGUGAAGAACCCCCUGUGCCCCCCCCGGCAGCCGGUGCAGAGCGACCUGUUCCGCUCCCGCCUCGACGCCUUCAUUCGGGGGCUCCCCUAUUUCAACCCCCGCCCCACGUGAACCCCAAAACCCCCCCAUCGUGUCCCCCCGACUCCCCCGAACCCCCCCUGGGAGCCCCAAAUCUCUGCGACCCCCCAAAUUCCUUUGGGACCCCCCAAAAUGCGCUGCCCCCCCCCACCCCGGCCUGCUCCCACCUCAACACCUUCAUUUGGGGCCUCCCCUAAUUCAACGCCCCCCCCAACUGAACCCCAAAACCUGGGGGGGUCCCAAUACACCCCUGAACCCCCCAGACACCCCCGAACCCCCCCUGGGAGCCCCAAAUCUCUGCGACCCCCCAAAUUCCUUUGGGACCCCCCAAAAUGCGCUGCCCCCCCCCCCGGCCUGCUCUCACCUCAGCACCUUCAUUUGGGGCCUCCCCUAAUUUAACACCCCUGCCAACUGAACCCUAAAACCUGGGGGGGUCCCAAUACACCCCUGAACCCCCCAGACACCCCUGAACCCCCCCUGGGAGCCCCAAAUCUCUGCGACCCCCCAAAUUCCUUUGGGACCCCCCAAAAUGCGCUGCCCCCCCCCCACCCCGGCCUGCUCCCACCUCAACACCUUCAUUUGGGGCCUCCCCUAAUGUAACACCCCUCCCAACUGAACCCCAAAACUUGGGGGGGUCCCAAUACACCCCUGAACCCCCCAGACACCCCCGAACCCCCCUUGGGAGCCCCAAAUCUCUGCGACCCCCCAAAUUCCUUUGGGACCCCCCAAAAUGCGCUGCCCCCCUCCCCUUGUUAUGCUCCCACCUCAACACCUUCAUUUGGGGUCUCCCCUAAUGUAACACCCCUCCCAACUGAACCCCAAAACUUGGGGGGGUCCCAAUACACCCCUGAACCCCCCAGACACCCCCGAACCCCCCUUGGGAGCCCCAAAUCUCUGCGACCCCCCAAAUUCCUUUGGGACCCCCCAAAAUGCGCUGCACCCCCCCACCCCGGCCUGCUCCCACCUCAACACCUUCAUUUGGGGCCUCCCCUAAUUCAACGCCCCCCCCAACUGAACCCCAAAACCUGGGGGGGUCCCAAUACACCCCUGAACCCCCCAGACACCCCUGAACCCCCCCUGGGAGCCCCAAAUCUCUGCGACCCCCCAAAUUCCUUUGGGACCCCCCAAAAUGCGCUGCCCCCCCCCCCGGCCUGCUCUCACCUCAGCACCUUCAUUUGGGGCCUCCCCUAAUUUAACACCCCUGCCAACUGAACCCCAAAACCUGGGGGGGUCCCAAUACACCCCUGAACCCCCCAGACACCCCCGAACCCCCCCUGGGAGCCUCAAAUCUCUGCGACCCCCCAAAUUUCAAUGGGACCCCCCAAAAUGCGCUGCCCCCCCCCCCCCUUGUUAUGCUCCCACCUCAACACCUUCAUUUGGGGUCUCCCCUAAUGUAACACCCCUCCCAACUGAACCCCAAAACUUGGGGGGGUCCCAAUACACCCCUGAACCCCCCAGACACCCCUGAACCCCCCCUGGGAGCCCCAAAUCUCUGUGACCCCCCAAAUUUCAAUGGGACCCCCCAAAAUGCGCUGCCCCCCCCAUGAACCCCAAACCCCCAUGAACCUUCAUUUGGGGGUUCCCCUGUUUCAACUCCCUGAACCCCAAAACUUGAGGGGGGGUCCCCAAAACCCCCCGGGACCCCCAAACCCUGUCAGGGGGUCCCACCCCCCUCCAAAAAUUGAAUAAAAAGGGUUUUGAUGGUU